CUGGCUGGGGAAAGACCCUGAAACCCAACAGGCGUUAGCGUGCACGGAGCAACAACCUGGCCGCCCGCUGCCUCCGUAACUCUACCGCCGCGGCUCUUCCUUCGCAGAUGAGUAACGCCACGCGUGCCCUGCCCUCUCCCAUGGCACCUGGCAUGGAUCCUGGGAUGGCCGCGGCACCCGGCCCCCCAGCCCUGACCGUCUUGGACAACUCCCUGCUUGUGGCCUCCCACAACAACUCCCAGGACAGCGGGCAGCUCUUCCUGACCACGGCAGCGGCACAGGUUGUCUCCGGCCUCUUCGUGUGGUCGGCGCUGAUCAUCACCUUCCACCAGAUCUACAUGCACCUGAGGAAUUACACCAUCCCCAAGGAGCAGCGAUACAUCAUCCGCAUCCUCUUCAUCGUGCCCGUCUAUGCCUUUGACUCCUGGCUCAGCCUCCUCCUCCUCGGGAGCCACCAGUAUUACGUGUACUUCGACUCAGUGCGUGACUGCUAUGAAGCUUUUGUGAUUUAUAGUUUCCUGAGCCUGUGCUUCGAGUACCUCGGCGGGGAGAGCACCAUCAUGACAGAGAUCCGAGGGAAGCCCAUUGCGUCCAGCUGUUUUUACGGAACGUGCUGUCUGCAGGGCAUGUCCUACUCUAUUGGGUUCCUGCGCUUCUGCAAGCAGGCCACACUUCAGUUCUGCAUCGUGAAACCCCUCAUGGCCAUCAUCACCAUCAUCCUGCAGGCGUUCGGGAAGUACCACGAUGGGGACUUCAAUGUUCACAGUGGCUACCUCUACAUCACCAUCAUCUACAACUUCUCCGUUAGCCUUGCGCUUUAUGCCCUCUUUCUCUUCUACUUUGCCACUAUGGAUCUCCUGCGCCCGUUUGAGCCAGUCCUCAAGUUUAUCACCAUCAAGGCGGUCAUUUUCCUCUCCUUCUGGCAAGGGACACUACUGGCAAUCCUGGAGAAAUGUGGGGUGAUCCCUGAAGUUCAAAUUAUUGAUGGGAAGGAGGUGGGAGCUGGGACAGUGUCUGCUGGCUACCAGAACUUCAUCAUCUGCAUUGAGAUGCUCUUUGCCUCCAUUGCUCUGCGCUAUGCAUUUACUUGCCAGGUGUACAGAGAGAAGAAAGAAAAUUCAGCAGCAAACCUUGCCCCAAUGCAGAGCAUCUCGAGUGGGCUGAAGGAGACCAUGAGCCCCCAGGAUAUUGUGCAGGAUGCAAUUCACAACUUCUCGCCCACGUACCAGCAGUACACCCAGCAGUCAAUGCAGGAGGCAGAGCACAAAGCAUCUGGGGAAAACGGGCAUGUGGUGUCCAAGGCAGAGGGAAUGAGUGGCAGAAAGAGCAAAAACAUUGAGAAAAGAGUGCUGAUCCUGUCGGAUGAGGAGCUGUAGGAGACACCAGAGGGGACACUGACGAGGCUUAAAGCCAUGCAAAUGAGAACUGUCUCGAGGCUAAGACAACCUGGUCUAAUCAGAGCACAGAGAGCAAAAGAGGUAGGCCAGGAUAGCUCAUAAAUCUCCUCAAAAAGCCUGUCUCUUGAAGGGAAGAUGCAACAACCCAGGGAAAAGUUAAAUCAAAUAAUGCCAGCUUCUACUGUUCCACCUCUACUGGUAUCAGAGAUUGGGCUGUCUUUGCUCCUACGCCUGUGACUGUGCUUCGCCUGCCCCACUGCCGGUAUUUGGUUGACAGUCUAAUGCCUGUAUCCACACUCUGGGGGUGCUGUGCAGGGACGUGAGCCAGACUCCCAGGCAUCCCUGUAAGUGCUAGAAGAUGGACUAACUGCCCUCACUCUCCUCUUGUCCACAAAGAGUGCUGAGGCCUGAGAGAAAUGCUUUUCUCAGCACAGUUCUGCUCUAGUUUCUAGAGAGUUCCGUAAAAAUGAUCUCUAAGGACUUUGUGGAGAAAAACAGACCAAGAAGGUGACUUCACUUCACCUCAAAACCCGGUAAUGUUUUAUAGAUGUUAUUCUUUACUUUUAUAUACUUUCCCCUCCUCCCCUUCCCCCAGAGAAGUCUGAGGAGUUGUAGAGCAGACCUUUACCAGGGAAGGAGAGUUGAUCAUCCUUUUCUCUCUCCUGUUGGGGAUGCAGCUGCCUGAAAUAGUAAUCCCCCCAGGGAGUGAUGGUAGGAGGAUACUUGGGGCUAAAGCAAGGUCUUGCAGCUGCAUUUGAGAGCUGUUGGUGACAGAACCUCUUGUUUAUGUCUAAACCGACUUAUCUCCGAAGCGAUCAGAAGUUAAAAGGGAUUCCAGUUUCCUUAUCGGAGUGGUUAUUAGGGAACCAGACUGUGACUGCUGGUGGUAGGAAUGUACUUGCUGGAAACUGUCUGUUCUUCCUAACCCCUUUCUAGUUAAUGUCCCUAUCCUCGCCUUCAGGAAACAAGUCCUGUAGCUGGGUGCGUUACAGCCGCGCGUCAGAGCUGAGCACAAGAAUUAGCUGAUGUUGGAAAAACUCAUGAGUGCGGUGGCACUAGGGCUGCACGUGAACCAUUUCUUGGCCUCAGCACCUCCGUGCGCCUGCAAGAGAGGCUUUGCCCAACCUGGGGGAGCCAAGACCAACUGGGCUAGCGGCAGCAGGAACAGGCCUGGCCGCUGCUGCUGUCGCUCGGGGCAGUACUGCUUGCAGGAAACAACAUGCUGUACUGAAGGGUUGGAUGGAUUUUUUCCCCCCCAUCAAACAGUGGUAAAGAGCACGCAUUCUGUUAAACUUCCUCUCUGUGGGUUUUUCUUUUUUUCCUCAGGCUAGUCUAAGACCUAAUGCUGUUAAUCAGAUGAUUUCUGGGAACUUAUUUGGGAACUGGCUAGAGUAUUGUUUCGGGGUGGGUGGUAGCUGGGUAAUGAAAGGACAAGGGCAAGUCUACAACCUCAGAUUUGCAAUCAUGUGGCAAACAAACCUAUGGGUAAGGCUUAUAGCCAUUUUACACUCAACUCCUAGCGUGGGGGUUCCCCCCCCCCCCGCUCUUGAGCUGCAAAGUGUAAAUUGCAACCUGAAAUGAUUUUAUUUAUGAUUUUUUUUCUAAUAAACA